UGUCAUGACAACAGCUGCUAACUGAAUUGAUAAAGGCUGUGUUCCAGUCCUGAACGCAAGUAGAGAGGUUUUACUUUCUGCUGAGAGCACGUUACCUUGCAUCUCCCAGCUUCACAAGCAGGACAAGUCAUUUUCAUAAUGUCAACAGAGUGUGUUAUGACUCCAGAGGUUCAGGAAAACAGGCUAAAUGCCCAGGAACAGUUAUAUUCAAAACUUUCAGAAAAACUGAUCGAGGACUGCAAGAUGGAUGCAGAACAAAAACAGGAUAAGGCCCCCCCAGAAACACAGGGACCUGAACAGGAGCAGAAAAAACCCAGGAGAAAGGACACACCAGUGCUUUAUAUCCAUCCUGUUAUUCCAGGAGUUAAACUGAUGAAAGAAGAAAACCGAGCCAUUUUUAUGGAAGAUGAAGAAAAAGAAUGGAAGAAUUAGCUGUCCUGCUGUAUCUUAAGAAACGGAAUGCUUGACAGGGAUUUCAAGGGUGGUAGGAGUUCUGAGGUGUGCUGACUCAUGGGUUUGUUUUUGUGCACACUUUCUCUUUGAGUGUCCCUACGAAUUGCAAACAACAGCUGUACGUGUGAUGUCACUUCAUCCCAUUCACAAGAAGUGUUUUUUUUUGUAAUGGUCUAUAUGUGUUACGCCGUAUGUAAUGGAACAAAACAGGCAUUUAGCUUUUGGAUAGAAAGUAGAACCUCAUUUCACAUACUACAAAAAUGCAAUAAUCAAAAACAAGUUGUCUUCAAUUUGUUUUGUGGGCAAGGCUGUCAAAAAACAACCUACAGGCAUCUGUUUUUUU